AUGUCUAAGUCUACAUCUGCUACAGAAAUGGAUGUUCAUGUAGGAAGUAUGCCUUUAACCCUGGACAAAGAACUUCUGGCCUCUAAAUCAGCUAAAGUUGCUGCCCUACUUAAAGAGAAUUCUAAUGAAGAUAUCUCUUACUUACUCCGGGACAUUCCGGCUGAUGCGGAGACUUUUGAACUUGUUGCAAGAUUCUGCCGUGGAUAUUCAGUACAGAUGUCCACUGAAAACAUUGUACCACUCAUUUGCCUGUCUUUCUACUUAGGGAUGGAUGAAAAUCACAGCAGUGACAAUCUAUUAAGCAAAGCUGUUACCUUCUUGGAACAAAGAGUCCUCCCUAGUUGGAAUGAAAUUAUCAAGGCUUUCCGUGUUUCCGAAAAAUUGCUUCAACAAACAAUGCAGGUCGGUCUUUUUGAUGCCUGCAUACAGUCUAUGAUUGCAAAGGCGUCGGACAAUCCUCGAAUUCUUGGGGAUCCCAUAAUGAUUUCAACAAACUCUGGUGAUACUGAAGGUGAUGAUAUUUAUUAUAGGCCUAAUGCAAGGAGAAGGCUCUUUCCUCUUGACUGGCAAGAGGAUUUGACAACAUUGCCACUCCAGCUAUAUGAGCCUAUCAUUCACGCAAUGAAUCAGCAUGAAAUUCCACCGGAGUACAUUUCUGCAUCUAUUUAUCAAUAUGCAAAGAAGUGGAUCUUUUCCCGUAACAUCGAAGGGGAGACUAUGUCAAUUUACAAGAGGAAAUCUCAAAGAAAUUUAAUUGAAAAGUUAGAGAGACUUUUGCCUCAUGGAAGAGAACUCCUUCCUUGCGCAUUUUUGUUUGAAAUGCUCCGCUGUGCAAUCGACUUGGAAGCUAGCUCUGCUUGUAAGAAUGGUUUUGAGAUUAGGAUUGGAAAGCAACUGGACCAGGCAAAAGUAAAGGACCUAUUAAUCCCUUCCAAAGGCUAUGCCAAGGAAGUGCAAUAUGAUAUUGAGUGUAUAAGGAGGAUUUUGAAAACUUUCUAUGGUAAUUACAAUAGCUCUGAUGCUUCUGGAUUAAUCACUGUGGCAGAACUCAUGGAAGAAUUCUUGUCAGAAAUUGCAUGUGAUAAGGAUUUAGUGAUAGACACUUUCAUUUCACUAGCAGAGAUGUCCAUGGCAGCAGCAUUAGGAACACACAGAAACUCUGAUGGAAUAUACCGGGCUAUUAACAAAUACUUGGACACAGCUUACCUGACAGAAAAGGAGAAAGAACAGGUUUGUAGGGUGUUGGAUUUUCGAAAAAUGUCUCCUGAAGCUUGUGAACAUGCUGCCAAAAAUGAAAGAUUGCCAGUAAGAGUAGUAGUGCAAGUACUCUUUAUGGCACAGUUGCAGCUGCGAGAAACAUUGACAAAGGAGGUGCGUGGUUAUGACGACAAAUUGGGAAAAGAAGAGGAGGAGGAGGAGGAGGAGGAGGAGGAUGAAGUAAGGAUGGAAAUGGAAAAAAUGAGCAUCAAGGUGAAGGAGCUAGAGAAGGACUGCUAUCUCAUGAAGAAAGAAAUCUCAAGUGGGUGCAGCAGGCAAAGAGUAAAAAAGGGUAAGGUGAGCAUGUGGACAGAAAUGAAGAGGAAGUUAGGGUGCACGAGUACCAUGGAUGACUUUCAUUUGCCGGUCAAGAAAAAGAAGGUGCAUCCAAAAUUGGGCAUAUAACUUCAUUUCAGAUUUAUUUUCAG